CUAGGGGUCUUGGAAUUUAAACUGUAUCUGUAAUAGUAACAAUCCAACAAUAAUGGUAAUGUAAUGUAGUAGUAAUUCUAACAAUUCGCGUGAUGAUGUUCAUAUAUCGAUGCAUCAUCAUCGUCCCGGAACUUGAACCCUGAACAGCUGCGUGCAGCAAGCAGCAGUCGGACAUGUUGGGGUGUGCGCGCCGGGGAUAUACACACUAUGUGCAGAGCGCUAACUGGGCGCAGUUUCACCGCCAAGCUAGCUGGUUAGCUCUACGUGUAUUUUUAGUAGCUAGUAAAUUUCAUGUGUACAUGUGUGCCCCGUGCCCACGUGAUGAGCUUAACGAGAAAGAAGGUGAUGCCGCGGCGGUGGCGCUAGUGAGAGGGUAGGGUGCUACAUGGUUGUGGCUUUGUCUGAAGCUGCAGGCGGUCUAGCACGUGCUACAACGGCGCGUGCAGUGAUCACGUGGGGAGUCGAACCGCAGAGUCACAUGAUUGAUGAGAGCUGGAUUUUUUCUCUAGCAGCGCGUGCGUCUACGGGCGCGUGCUCUUUAGGUCAAUGGCCAACGCGUUGCGCAGCAGAAUAAGAAGAUGAUUACGUGGGCUUCAGCAUAAGGCCAAAAACCACUUUCGCGUACAGACUUCAACAACACGGAAGUCGUAUAGCAUCCGUUUCAGUUCAGCAUCAGUUUUCGUAUAGGAAAAACCCGCGCUCGCAGCCUGGGUGUGCGUGUCUUAUACGCGUUUCAUAACCGGAGAUUGCUGAUGCCAGGGACGAUACACAACGUAAUCGUUGGGCGCGCGGUGAUGGACAGGAUGUUUUUACACUAAUUAAUCGAUGUGCUGACGUGUCAGCUGUUUUUAACAUGACACUAAAAUUAGUUUUGAUCGCGCACAAGUUGCGAGAGUGCAGCUAUGGAGGGAUGCUCGCAUCGUGGCAGCAGGCUUACUGGCUUCAUAUAUAUACUAUCAUGAUACUAUCAGGAGUGAUACCAUGUCGUGAAGUGUUUGUUGGGUCGAUCGAAUCAUUGAAAUCGCGAGCACUAGCGUCGUCUUCGUAGUGCCACAUCCCAUUUCUUUCAGCACCCGCCUCUCUGUCUGCAGACGUCUCUUCUAUCGCCUCCAGUCUCGCGUGCGUGCGCACUCUCUCUCUCUCCCUCUCGCUCGCUUCGACAUGGCCGAGAACACGCCGCCAGAGGGAGCCGCGUCGUGCGAGCACAUGUCGAACAUCACCGCGCUGACGAACGCUUGCUGCAGCGGCGACAAGCUGCAGGUGAGGGCGCUGCUACAGCUCGGCGUGCCGCUCGACCGGCCGGACAUGCUCGGCCUGACGCCGCUACAGCGCGCCGCGCGCAACGGCUUAAUCGACAUCGUCGACCUGCUGCUGCAGCACGGCGCCGACGUCGGCGUCGCCAACGAGUCGCGCGAGGGGGCGCUGCACUUCGCCGCGAGCUACGGCUAUGCGCAGAUCGUCGGGCUGCUGCUGCAGUUUGGCGCGGACGCGAACGCGCGCGACGUCGACGGCCGCACGCCGCUGCAUGCCGCCGUCAGCGAGGGCUUCGCCGACGCGACGCACGUGCUGCUGCGCUACGGCGCCGACCGCUGCGUCGUCGACGACGCCGGCAUGACGGCGCUGCAUCUCGCCGCCAGCCUCGGCCACCUCGCCAUCGCCAAGCUGCUGCUGACGCCGCGCGAGGCGCGUCCGACGGCGGCGUACUGCCGCGCCGACGACGCGGGCAACGUGCCGAAGCUGGAGACGAUCGUCAAGAUGCUCGCGCGGCACGCCAACUCGGCGUUCGUCAACGCCGCCGACCGCAAGAGCCGCACGGCGCUGCACUUUGCCGUGUGGCGCAGCGCCGAGUUCACCGUCUUCCUGCUGCAGAACGGCGCCGACCCGAACUCGGUCGACGGCAGCGGCUGCACGGCGUUCCACGUCGCCUGCAUGGAGCCGCUCAAGCACAACGCGCUCAUCCUGCUGAGCUACGGCGCCGACCCGGUGUCGGCGUCGCGCGACGGCCGCACGCCGAUGCACGUGCUCGUCACCGACAUGCUCAUCUACCUGAGCCGGCUGCACGGGCUCGCCGGCGCGCAGCAGCAGCAGGUCGUGCUGCCACCGCAGAAGCUCACCGUGCUGCACAUCCUCAAGGUGCUCAUCGCCUACCCGCUGCACAUCGACGUGCCCGACCGCGAGGGCUUCACGGCGUUCGGCCUCUGGCAGGAGGUGUACAUGAAGCGCACCUGGCUCUACUCGGCCUACUUCGACUCGGUGAACGUCAUCAACGAGCGCAUGAACGAGCUGUUCUUCUUCAAGCUGAAGUGCGUCGCGGCGCGCGCCGCCACCAAGUACCGGCUGCCGUACAACGAUCCCGAGCUGCUGCACAAACACUUAGUCGACUUGGUCGGCAAGCACGACAAAUACGCCAUCGAGAGGUGAUUGCCGCGGCGGCGGCGAUCGCGAGCGCAUGCGGAGAAUUGGGCGGCGCGUCACGGUUAUUGAGUUUGCGCGCUAAUGUGGCUUCAGCUGCGAAUGUCGGUCUCAGCGGUGUCAGCGGCAUCGAGAAUGGAGCGACACCGCGAAUGGAAAUGGAAGAAUAAGACGCAAUGAUGCUGUGGGCAAGAGAUCUGUCGGUCUCGCUGCUGCGGAAGCUCGUAAUGACGUUAAUCGUCCAGGAGCUUCGGAAAAUCGUUCAGUCAAGUCACUAUGAAUGAGUCUCGAGUUAAGCAAGCCGAUUAAAAACUUUUUUUUAUCUUUGCUAUGUCGGAGCAGAUUCUAGUGGCCGUGUGUGUAAUUUGAGAGAGCAUAUAUGUAUGCAGGAUAUUUUUUUUAAGUCGGGGAUUAAGAGUUGCACCUUUUUCCACCGGAUGUGGAAAAUCUGGUACACAGAACAUGGUACAGUGAGUGUACCAGCGUACCGCGGCCAUAGAAAACAAAGACGUUGUUGAUAUAUCUUAAAAUUUUAAUAAUGCUUAUGUGACCUAUUAAUUAAUUAGUUAUACUUGACUUUUUAUGAUAAAUAUUUAUACAUUGACUGUGAAUUUUAACAUAGACCGUCCCUAAUGUAUGGCUAAUGAUAGUAAGCUUGAUACAUACGUGUGUGUGCUGGCCGUUGUUUUGGCCAUUGCAGUGCCACUAAAAUUUCUGCGUUCUCUACUGUAGCUGGCUGGUUUCAGUCUGAAAUUUCAUAUAUUUUGGUGCUUUUAGAGUUAUGUGUAGGUUGCUGCAGCUGGCUUAUAUUCUGUAUACUCGCGUAUUUACUGUAUACUCUGCUGAAGCUGGCAGGCUUCAGUAUGCAGUUUCCUAUAUGUCAGUGCCUUCAGAGAUAUGUUUAGUUAACUGCAGCCGACUAGAUUUAGUAGAGUUCCGUAUAGUCUUAUGCUAGCUAUUUGCCUUCACUGGAAGUUUUGUAUACUCUAGCUGGCUGACAGAUAUAUUGUAGAUAAUGGUUAUAUAUUUAUAAUUUAUUGAAUCACAAAAGUAAAUAACUUAACAUUGUAUUAAGAAAACUAUAUGCUUAUAACAGUUGAGACAGUUCCCGGUGUUAACCGCGCGUAGUAAUUUUUUUUUAUCCAACGCUCUAGGCAAGAAUGAGCACGCGGCUACACGUAUUUACACUUUCCAAACAAAGUUAUACGCUACACGGCUGGAGCUUUACUUGAAUUUUGAAAACUGUAUUUCGACUUGCGGGUUGUGGCUGUGUGCAUAUAUUACUAGUAGUUGAAUUUUUAUACCACUUGUGUAAAGAAUUUGAUAAAGGUUUUCUGUUUGCCAACUACUCGUUGAAUCGCGUAAUAAAAUGCGUGAAAAGCCCGUCUCUAUAGCAGAGUAAUAAUUGCUGCAGUAUAAUCCCAUGGCUAUGACAUGUUUCAUAAUUAACUUUGCAGCAAUUUAAUCGCAGAUUGAACAAUGCGUUGAGUAUUUGCUGUCUGUUGUCGUCAGUUAUUGAUUAUAACUAUACAGAAUUUAACUUGUUCUGGUUUUAGUGAUAAUGAAGUGAGGGAAAUUUGCCACAAACUUAACACGAGUUUUGAUUGCACAACUUCGGGUGAAGCGUUAUAAAAUAUUCUCUUAUAUAUACGCGUAGAAUACUCAGUGGCUUUGUUAAGGAAAUUGUAUGUACAUUUUUAUGGCAAAUAAAGCUGCAAUAUAAACGUU